AUGGCCUCCCCAUCUGACGCAGCGUACCUCCUAGGUCGUGAUCCUGAGGAAUCAAAGCGUCUCAACGCCCAACAUGCCUUCCUUGUGGACGUCAUCGGCGGCACUCCCAUCCAUCCCUCCAUCCCUACGGCAAACAUCCGCUCCAUAGCAGACGUAGCCACAGGAACAGGAAUCUGGCUCGUCGACGCCGCGCAAAGCCUCCACAAGCAUCACCCCCGCCACAAACUCUCCCUCCACGGCUUCGACAUCUCCCCCGCACAAUUCCCCUUCAGCUCGCUAAAGGCCCAGCGGCACGAGAUCCAGCUCACCGUGCAAGACAUCCUACAGCCCUUCCCAAAGGAGCAUUGGGGACGGUACGACCUCGUGCACGUGCGGCUGCUCGUCGGCGCCAUGAAGGAGGUGGAUUAUCCGCAGGCAGUGCGGAACCUGUACGAUCUCCUGAAACCAGGCGGCUACCUCCAAUGGGACGACUGCGACACCACCGCCUUCUGCACGGACGAUCCCACCCCCAUCGACAUGGAAAUGCGGCAGAUUGUCGUCGACGCUGUCGAGAAACUCGGGCUGUGUGGGAAUGCGCCGCAGUACCUCCAUCAGCUGGCUGCGCAGACGGGGUUCGUGGAUGCCCGGCUGUACGCUAACAGCACGGCGGAUAAGCCGCAUUUGCGGGAGCCGGCGCGGACGUGGCUGAUGCAGGUGCUGAGGGCGCUGAUGCCGCAUGCGAUGGUCAAGUCUGGGGAGGUGGUUGACGAGAAGAAGGCCAUUGAGCGCGCGGAGCGGCUGGUCGAGGGGUUUGGGCGGCAUUGUACGUCUGCGUUGCCGUUGGUGAAUCUGUAUGUUUUGGUGGCGCGCAAGCCGGUGCAGGCCAGGCCGUGGUGUUGUACAGUUAUGUAA